CAAACUGUUUUCUAACAUUUCAAAGAUCAUUGUUUGGGUUCAACUCUCUCAGAACAUCCAGAAACAUGGGUGACCUUAGAGGAGUGGGAGUGACCCCGUCCUUCAACCAGUCCUCAGUAUCCAACAAUUCGACUCCCUGUGAACAGGUGGACACCUCAGGCCAUGUCUUCUUCAUGGUGAUCUACAGUCUGAUGUUUGUGGUUGGUUUGAUCCUCAAUGGUUUCACCCUGAAGGUUUACUUCUGCCGACCUCAGCAGCUGACGACCAGCAGUAUGACCAUCUACCUGAAGAACCUGGCAGCUGCCGACUUACUUAUCAGUCUUUGUCUCCCCAUCCGAAUCAUGUACUAUGCCAGCCGCUCUGUCCCCAUCUUCCAGGUCUUCUGCAGCUUUGGUACCUCCGCCUUCUUUAUGAACAUGUAUGCCAGCAUCCUGUUCAUGGGCUACAUCGCAGCUAACAGGUAUCUGAAGAUCGUCCAUCCUUUAGGAACUCACAUCUUAGGGAAAGUGCGACCUGCCCACAUCAUCUCCACAGUAACCUGGGUUUUCCUCCUGACCAUAAUGAGCACCUUCAUCAUCCUGUUGUUCCUCACACAAAACUUGACUUCUGUUACCAACAGAAGGACCUGUGAAGACCUGUACAGUGACCAGGUCAACCUGUUCUACAAAAUUGUCCAGUUCGGCUGUGUUGUCAUCUUCCUGUUUGUCCUCGCCUCCCUGGUCUUCUUCUACUACAGCACCUCCCGCAGGCUGUCGCUGGCACAGCAGAGGCAGCCAGCGUCCUCCAGCAACAAGAAGCUCGCCAAGUCCCGCAGGAACAUGUUGGUGCUGGUCAGCGUCUUCUGUGUUUGCUUUGUCCCUUACCACCUGGUUCGUCUUCCCUAUGUUUUCUUGAGGCGCCAGUGUUCACAUAGCCAGGUGUUCUUCUACCUGAAGGAGCUGACCAUCAUUGUGUCAACUCUUAACGUCUGCCUGGACCCUCUCAUCUAUUUCAUCUUCAGCAAGGCCUUCAGGGCCCAGCUGGGCUUGAGGAAGUUGUUCAGGACCACACAGGUCCCAAUGAAUGAAGGAAACAACGAGGAUGAACAGCGACGUGCAGACGAGUGCUGUCAAAAUCAACAGGAGGACAUUGAAGCAGAAAGUUCUUCUUGUUCAAACUGUUUUCUAACAUUUCAAAGAUCAUUGUUUGGGUUCAACUCUCUCAGAACAUCCAGAAACAUGGGUGACCUUAGAGGAGUGGGAGUGACCCCGUCCUUCAACCAGUCCUCAGUAUCCAACAAUUCGACUCCCUGUGAACAGGUGGACACCUCAGGCCAUGUCUUCUUCAUGGUGAUCUACAGUCUGAUGUUUGUGGUUGGUUUGAUCCUCAAUGGUUUCACCCUGAAGGUUUACUUCUGCCGACCUCAGCAGCUGACGACCAGCAGCAUGACCAUCUACCUGAAGAACCUGGCAGCUGCCGACUUCCUGACAAGCCUUAGUCUGCCCAAUCGAAUCAUGACCUAUGCCAGCAGCUCUGUCCCCAUCUUCCAGAUCUUCUGCAGCUUUGGUGCCUCCGCCUUCUGUAUGAACAUGUACGCCAGCAUCCUGUUCAUGGGCUACAUCGCAGCUAACAGGUAUCUGAAGAUCGUUCAUCCUUUAGGAACUCACAGCUUGGGAAAAGUGCGACCUGCCCACAUCAUCUCCACAGUAACCUGGGUUUUCCUCUUGACCACGGUGAGCACCUUCAUCAUCCUGUUGUUGCUCACGCAGAACAAAGAAUUGACUUCUGUCCCCGACACAAGGACCUGUGAAGACCUGUACAGUGACCAGUUCAGCCUGUUCUACAAAAUUGUCCAGUUUGGUUGUGUUGCCAUCUUCCUGUUUGUCCUCGUCUCCCUGGUCUUCUUCUACUACAGCACCUCCCGCAGGCUGUCGCUGGCACAGCAGAGGCAGCCAGCGUCCUCCAGCAACAAGAAGCUCGCCAAGUCCCGCAGGAACAUGUUGGUGCUGGUCAGCGUCUUCUGUGUUUGUUUUGUCCCUUACCACCUGGCUCGCCUUCCCUAUGUUUUCUUGAGUAGCCAAUGUUCACAUAGCCGGACGUUCUUCUACAUGAGUGAGUUGACCAUCAUGGUGUCAGCUCUCAACGUCUGCCUGGACCCUCUCAUCUAUUUCAUCUUCAGCAAGGACUUCAGGGCCCAGCUGGGCCUUACGAAGUUAUUCAGGACCACACAGGUCCCAAUAAAUGAAGGAAACAAUGAGGGGAGGAGCAACAGGACAGGAGAUGAGCAGCAACAAAAUCAACAGCAAUCGACAACAGGCGUUCUGUAAUGGACACCUUCACUGAAGAUGUUCAGGCUUCUAACAGACGUGUAGUUGUAUCUUUGACUCUUGUACUUUAGCUGACCCAUGUGGGGGCAGCAGAUUUAGUUUGAAGGACGUCAUCACAUCAUGAUCGUGCAGAGGUGCAGCCAAUCAUUUCUGUUUUUUCCGAAAAGAAGGAAAUGUGUGGUGCCAUGCUGUUACUAUAUUAAUAAUGUGUUGCAUCUGCAAAAUAGGUGUUGCAUUGGUGACCACAGGCUCUUUCAGUUCUCGUCUGUUUGC